CAUGAAGCCGGUGCUGAGAAGGGGAAAGUUAGUGAGAACAGCAUUGAGCCUGGAGAGGAGGCGGUGUGUGGACCGACGGUGAAGAACCGCGUUGCACUAAUGUCCUCCAGAAUACGCGUCACACGGCCCAGGAGGGGGAAUGGUGAUGUCUCCAUGAGGGAACGUCUUCAGCUUCAUCCUGUCAUGAGCACCGCACCGUUCUUGACAGGGCCAUUCAUCUAAGAUGGGAUUUACCCUGUGAAACGGGGAGAAGACUUAUGGACUUCAAACAUCAUUUCAGGUUAUAGUUGAGUUUCUUAAAACACAGACAUACAUGCGAAGCUCUUUUGCUUUGGACCCUCUGCUUUCUUGAAGAGGCUGUGUGGCUAACCUAGAACUGCUCCCAUAUAUUGACGGAUCAUCAUGGCUUCAGUUUGGAAGAGACUGCAGCGUGUGGGGAAACAUGCAUCCAAGUUCCAGUUUGUGGCAUCCUACCAGGAGCUGAUGGUUGAGUGUACUAAGAAAUGGCAACCAGAUAAACUGGUGGUGGUUUGGACAAGAAGAAGCCGAAGGAAGUCUUCUAAGGCUCAUAGCUGGCAGCCUGGAAUAAAGAAUCCAUACCGUGGUGUUGUAGUGUGGCCUGUUCCUGAAAACAUUGAAAUCACUGUGACACUUUUUAAGGAUCCUCAUGCAGAGGAAUUUGAAGACAAAGAGUGGACUUUUGUCAUAGAAAAUGAAUCCCCUUCUGGUCGAAGGAAAGCCCUUGCCACUAGCAGCAUCAACAUGAAACAGUACGCAAGUCCUAUGCCAACGCAGACUGAUGUCAAAUUAAAAUUCAAGCCAUUGUCUAAAAAAGUUGUAUCUGCCACUCUCCAGUUUUCAUUAUCUUGCAUAUUCCUUCGGGAAGGAAAAGCCACGGACGAAGACAUGCAAAGUUUGGCUAGUUUGAUGAGUAUGAAGCAGGCUGACAUAGGUAAUUUAGAUGAUUUUGAAGAAGAUAAUGAAGAAGAUGAUGAAAACCGAUUGAACCAAGAAGAGAAAGCAGCAAAAAUUACAGAAAUUGUAAACCAGUUGAAUGCUCUGAGCAGCUUAGAUGAAGAUCAAGAUGACUGCAUAAAGCAAGCAAAUAUGCCUUCAGCUAAAUCAGCCAGUUCCUCGGAAGAGCUUAUCAACAAACUUAACUUUUUGGAUGAAGCAGAGAAGGACUUGGCCACUGUGAAUUCAAACCCAUUUGGUGAUCCUGAUGCAACAGAAUCAAAUCCAUUUGGAGAUCCAGACUCAGAAGAGCCAAUCAUUGAAACCGUUUCAUCUAAAAAAACAGAAGAAUCUUUUUAUAAUAACAGCUAUAAUCCCUUUAAAGAAACACAGACCCCACAAUGUUUGAACCCAUUUGAUGAGCCAGAAACCUUUGUAAGCAUAAAGGAUUCUCCUCCUCUGUCUACAAAAAGGAAAAAUAUAAGGCCUGUGGACAUGAGCAAGUACCUCUAUGCUGAUAGCUCUAAAACUGAAGAAGAAGAGUUGGAUGAGUCAAAUCCUUUUUAUGAACCUAAAGCAACUCCUCCAAAUAAUUUGGUAAAUCCCAUUCAAGAACAGGAGUGCGAAAAGAGAGUGAAAAGAAAGGCCCCCGCCCCGCCCGUCGUCUCACCAAAGCUUGGAGGAGUAAAUGACAAUACAACUGUUUCUGCAGGAAGAGAUCUCUCAACUUCUCCUAAGCCAAGUCCUAUACCAAGUCCUGUUUCGGGGCGAAAGCCAAAUGCUAGUCAGUCACUGCUUGUAUGGUGCAAAGAAGUUACAAAAAACUACCGGGGAGUAAAAAUCACCAAUUUUACUACAUCAUGGAGAAAUGGUUUAUCUUUUUGUGCAAUAUUACACCACUUUAGACCAGAUUUAAUUGACUACAAGUCUCUGAAUCCUCAAGAUAUUAAAGAGAACAACAAAAAGGCAUACGAUGGAUUUGCCAGCAUAGGAAUUUCCCGAUUAUUGGAACCUUCUGACAUGGUUUUACUAGCCAUUCCUGACAAACUGACUGUUAUGACUUAUCUCUAUCAAAUAAGGGCACAUUUCAGCGGCCAAGAACUAAAUGUCGUUCAGAUAGAGGAAAACAGCAGUAAAAGCACAUAUAAAGUUGGAAACUAUGAAACAGAUCCAAACAGUUCUGUUGAUCAGGAAAAGUUCUAUGCAGAGCUUAGUGAUCUGAAGCGGGAGCCUGAACAGCAGCCUACCAGCGGAGCAGUAGACUUCUUAUCUCAGGACGACUCCGUAUUUGUAAAUGAUAGCGGGGUUGGAGAGUCAGAAAGUGAGCAUCAGACUCCUGACGAUCAUCUUAGUCCAAGCACAGCCUCCCCUUACUGUCGCAGGACUAAAAGUGACACAGAACCCCAAAAGUCCCAGCAGAACUCUGGGAGGACUUCAGGAUCUAAUGACCAUGGAACGUGUUCCAACACAGAUGCAAACCAAGCACAGGGUUCGUUAGGCAAGAAGAAACUAUUGAAAACAGAGAUUUUAGACUUAAGUGACUUAUAUGUUAGCGAUAAUAAGAAGGCUGUGUCUUCACCCGUAAUUUGUGAGGAGGCAGAUGAACAGAAGCUUCAGACAGGAGAAGUUAAUAGUAACUUGGAGCAAGAAAAAUCGGAGAAUUCCGGACCCUCAGAAUGCAGAUCAGAUCCUGAGUCGCCUAUUAAAAAGACAAGUUUAUCUCCUCCUUCUAAACUUGGGUACUCAUACAAUAGAGAUGCAGACCUUGCGAAGAAAAAACGUACUUCCCUGAGGCAGACAGAGUCUGAUCCAGAUGCUGACAGAACCACUAUAAAUCAUGCAGAUCAUCCCACAAAAUCAGUCCAGCAAAGAAUGUUAUCCAGACAAGAAGAACUUAAAGAAAGAGCAAGAAUUCUACUCGAACAAGCAAGACGAGAUGCUGCUUUAAAGGCAGGGAAUAAACAGAACACCAACGGAGCCACACCACCCUGCAGCAGCAGGCAACUAAGCGAUCAGCAAGAUGAAGAGCGACGUCGGCAGCUGAGAGAGCGAGCUCGUCAGCUAAUAGCAGAAGCUCGAUCUGGAGUGAAGAUGUCAGAACUUCCCAGCUACGGUGAAAUGGCUGCAGAAAAGUUGAAAGAAAGGUCAAAGGCAUCUGGAGAUGAAAAUGAUAAUAUUGAGAUAGAUAAUAACGAGGAGAUUCCUGAAGGCUUUGUUGUAGGAGGUGGAGAUGAACUUACUAACUUAGAAAAUGACCUUGAUACUCCCGAACAAAACACAAAGUUGGUGGACUUGAAGCUGAAGAAGCUCCUAGAAGCUCAGCCACAGGUGGCAAAUUCACUUUCCAGUGCUGCCCAGAAAGCUGCAACUGAGAGCUCCGAGCAGGACAUGAAGAAUGGCACAGAAGAUCUCCGGGCUGAGCGGUUACAAAAAGCAGCAGAACGUUUUAAAAAUCCUGUUGUGUUCAACAAGGAUUCUACAGUCAGAAAAACUCAGCUUCAGUCUUUCAGUCAAUAUGUUGAGAAUAGGCCAGAGAUGAAGAGGCAGAGAUCAAUACAGGAAGAUACAAAGAAGGGAAAUGAGGAGAAGGCAGCGAUAACUGAAACUCAGAGGAAGCCAUCAGAAGAUGAAGUGCUUAAUAAAGGGUUCAAAGACACCAGUCAGUAUGUUGUAGGAGAAUUGGCAGCACUAGAGAAUGAGCAAAAGCAAAUUGACACCCGUGCCGCGCUGGUGGAGAAGCGCCUUCGCUAUCUCAUGGACACAGGCAGGAAUGCAGAAGAAGAAGAAGCAAUGAUGCAGGAAUGGUUUAUGUUAGUUAACAAGAAAAAUGCCUUGAUAAGAAGAAUGAACCAGCUCUCUCUUCUGGAAAAAGAGCAUGACUUAGAGCGAAGGUACGAGCUGCUAAACCGGGAAUUGCGAGCCAUGCUAGCCAUUGAAGACUGGCAGAAGACCGAGGCCCAGAAGCGCCGCGAGCAGCUCCUGCUGGAUGAGCUGGUGACCCUGGUGAACAAGCGGGAUGCGCUCGUCAGGGACCUGGACGCCCAGGAGAAGCAGGCCGAAGAGGAAGACGAGCAUUUGGAGCGAACUCUGGAGCAAAACAAAGGCAAGAUGGCCAAGAAAGAAGAGAAAUGCGUUCUUCAGUAGGGCCGGACCAGAACUCUCCCAGCCUUGGAGCUCUGGGGUCCCCAGACCAGACAAAGUCAAACUCAGUGUUGAGUUACAACUUCGGUUUUGAGGGAUCGGUUUUGAGGGAUCGCACUUGUUUCCCACCACCUCCUCCCCUCCCCUGCCAUUCUAGAUCAGAUACACAACUCCACAACAGCUUGGUUUCAGGAUUUGUGAGUUAGCGUCUGUUUCCUUGGAAUCAUGUGAAAUUGAUUUGCACAGACACCUUGUGAGUGAGGGGCGCCGGGGGUGAAUGUUCAGAAACUGUUUCCCCAAAGGAAAACACAACCCACCAUUCCCCUCAUUAUUUUCCUUCAUUUUUUUAUGGGAGGGAAAUUUGAAAGCAUUUUUGUCAUUAAUAGCAUAAUGAUGGUGGGAGGGGGGUAAAGGGGGAUAAGAAAAAUGUCAUGAAUGAUUUUUUUUCCAGUCCUGCCAUAUGUAACACUUACUCUGCUACCUAAAUUUUAUCGUUAGAUCAUAACCUACUUAUUAAACUGUGUUCUAUUUACCAGUGGGGUUUUCUGCAGUUAUUUGGCAUUUCACUGUGUAAGGAUAAAUAGAGUUCCCCUCUGCUUGCCUCAGAGGCUAGUCCUAUAACGUAGCUGGGAUUUGAAGGUGGGCUGUGAGGGUGGGACUAAUGGACAUGCAUCAGUUUACAAAGACAGUCUUAUCAUCCCAGGAUGCGCCAUCUCUUCUCUGGAUAAUUAUUUAUUACAUAGAGCUUGGUUCCUACAUUUUAUUAGGUCUCAACAUUGGCUCAAGAAUGCUGUAAUAUUUAUUCUGUAUUGUUAGAAGUCUGUCAUGCCACUAGGAGUAAAUCCCCCAGUUAAUAUUUCUUCUCUAUCACAGCACUGUCUUUUUGUGUGUGUGUGUGUGAAAAUGGUUAUCUGUUUAUUUAUUACUGAGUCAUGUAAAUUUUCAAUAAAAUCAGAAACUUUCUUACCUUAAA